AUGAGAUUGGUACAGUUUGGCACGGUUUCGAUUUUAUUUUGGUUCCCCGGUUUUGAUGCGCAUCCCUACUUCAAAGGGGAUUCCGAUCCCGAGAGCCAUCUGAAGCACUUCAGAAGUGUUAUGAUUCUCUACAAGCCCAAAGAGGCGUUGAUGUUGAUCAGCAGCUUCAAGGAGCUAGCAUUCGUCUUCACAAAGGAGUACACUUCUUAUCGGACGAUUAAGAAGAACCCUGACCACCUAUUCAACCUGCAUAAGAAGCAUGAUAAGUUCCUCCGAGAUUACAUCAAGAGAUUCAAAGCUAAAAAGGCAAAAAUCGUAGGUUACGAUGACCGGAUCGCAUCCUCUGCCUUCAAGAAGGGUUUGCCAACCAAGCACGACUUAUACCGUGAGCUGACUAUCGCUCAUAGCCAGACUCUAGUAGAGGUAUUCGCGACCGCAGAAGGCUAUGCGCUUUAG